GUAUUCUAGGGCCCACUUGGGAUGGAUGGGAAGCCUGGUGCUCCUGGUCCCAUGGGAAGCCAGGGAAUGCCUGGGCCAAAAGGAGACAAGGGUCCACCUGGUCGAGAUGGAAGUGAUGGAUUAGAGGGACAAAUGGGUCCUCCUGGACGACAGGGUGAGGAUGGACAGCAUGGCAUGCUUGGACCCCAGGGGCCUCCAGGGCUAAAGGGGGAACCGGGGAAUGCUGGCGACCAGGGCAGGAGUGGCCUUGAUGGACUACCAGGGAUGAAGGGGGAGAAGGGGGACACAGGAGACACAGGGCCUCAGGGGGACACGGGCUUACCCGGAGAGAAGGCUGUUCUUGACUCCUAUGACAUCGGCCUUGGCCAUGUCUUUCAGGGCCCCCCAGGGCCACCAGGGCCACCAGGAGGACAAGGGCCAAAGGGAGAAUCAGGCUCACAUGGUGCACCUGGAGCUGAUGGGGAUAGGGGAGCCAAAGGGGAGAGAGGUGAUGACGGGAUGCCUGGAGUGGCAGGGGAAAAGGGAGAGAGAGGUCUGACGGGCCUAACUGGGCUUGUGGGAGCUGACAGCAAAAAAGGAGCGAGAGGAGAUUCAAGGUUUGAGGACAAUCUGGCCCAGAUCAUCUCUAUCGCAGGCCCUCCAGGGCCCCCCGGACCUCCUGGACUCCAAGGAUUCAUGGGACAUCAUGGAAUGCCUGGCCCCAAGGGGGAACCAGCCGACAUAGUGAGCGGAGAAAAGGGGGAUGCAGGUGACAGAGGACCUCCUGGGUUAAGGGGUAUUCAGGGUCUUCCAGGUUCUACAGGAAUGGUUGGUCUCCCUGGCACCAUAGGGAGAAAGGGAGAGCAAGGAUUGCCGGGAUUGGAUGGUUUCCCCGGGCUGAUGGGAGAAAAGGGGGACAGAGGGGACCGAGGAGAUAAGGGUGACAGGGGGAUGCUGGGAAAGAAGGGACUGAAGGGACAGAAGGGCGAGGAGGGCCCCCCUGGACUGGACCAGCCCUGUCCUGUGGGUCGGGAUGGAUUGCCCAUACCAGGGUGUUCGCAUAAGUGAUGAGUUACCUGGUACAUGGGAUCUGUACAUAUCGAUAUAUAUUUUUCAACUAAAAUUCAAGUGUAGUUUUUUUGUCGUUGCCAAUUCCUAUUUAAUAUGUUGAGGUUUUCAUAUUGGAAUUUGGAUUGUGCGUCUUUCACAAUCAAUAUUUUUUACUUUUUGCAUAUGAAAAGAUUUUUUUUUUUAAAGGUUUAGAGAUUAGGUAGAGAAAAGAUCUAGUGCCAACAAAGAAGGAGACUGGUUACAAAUGGAAAGGAGCAGCAAAUGCACUCAGCUCCAGAUGGAAAAGUGUUGCUGAUUACAGUAUAUCUAAUCGGGGAACCUGAAAUACAGUAUUAACCUGAAGUACAGUAUGAUUGACUGUCUAACAGACUCACUAGUGUUCCCACAUGGAGAUCCAGCAUUGGAGUGUGCAACUCAGCCUGCACCUUGCAAAUGAUUCUACCCCAUCACUCCUGUGAUUGUUGUUUGCUUUGAAAGGACCAACCGUCACGGCAUGGACCCAAUGCCAUGCGCCUAUCCCAACCUUAGGAAAGGUACAGAUGUAGGGUCUUAAUUUGAUCCAGUUUGCUACAGCAGGAAAAUAAUCCUGCAGCAACAGGACAUGUGAAUUAUUAUGUGGAUUAUAAUUACUUGACAUUUUUUGUAGGGGUUGAUAAACAUUUUGUUAUGGCAAAUCAAGUUUGACAUUUUUAAGUGGAAAUUACAAACUUUAUGAGCCUUUUUAAACCUCAAAUACAUUACAAGUUUGCGUGUCCUGCCGUGCAGGAAAAUUCUCAGACACAAAAGAGUGAUCAAAUUAAGAUCCCUCAUCUGUAUGGGGAAGCACAGAUGAUGGCCCUCACCAUGGAAUCUUUGUUUGCAAUAAUGUUCCUAAAUGUGCUUAAUGUUUAGAUCAUUAUCGGUCUAAAACGUUUUAGGAUGUUUAUGAUGGUUUCAAAGUUUUUACCUAUUGUUGCAUCAAAUGCUUUUUUUCAUUUCUCUGAGUGCUCUAACCAUGCUAUGUGGAAUUAAUUGACACAGAACACUGUACAACUUUUUGAAUUAGGCCUAACAUGGAAAAUGUAUGAUAACAAUCCUAAAAAUGUUUUGAAGACUUUUUACAUCUGACAUCAAGGUAAACAAAAACAUCUACCUAUCAAACCUACCUGUUUGGAUGAUUGGGUUAAAUGUUUGUUCUGGGAACAUGCCGUUUUUAAUUAAGUUGUCUGCCAUAUUAAAUACUAUUUCAAAUGCAAA